AUCCAUCAUGUCUGACAGAGCUAAACAACCGACUCGAGCAUCCACUAGGACGAAGACAGCGACACUGGUACCGCCGACCACCAGAUCUACUCGUUCAAAAACGACAAUGACAACGGCCACUGCUAAGGCAGCUACUGCUACCGAACCAAUUGUCAAAAAGACGACUCGAAAACCUCUUGUAGCGAAGGGAGACAAUGCAACGUCUGCAACAAAGCCUCCAUCAAAGUUGGAAUCUCUUCGAAAAGUCAAGGAUGAGCCGUGUGUUGAACAAGAACCGAUAAUGGCAUAUCUCAGGAUUCGACCACAUCUGAGUGAUGACGAAGCCAGCACUCCGUAUCUUACUUGCCUCUCAGACACAACUGUUCGUAUGACAGACCUGAAUGACCAGCAAAAUAGAUAUCGGGCUAGCGUCAUGCCUCUAUCCACCUACACCUUCUCCCGCGUGUUUACUCCCGACACCAGCCAAUCGGACUUCUUUCAAAGCACCACCCUUCCUUUGGUUCGUGACGCUCUGCAGGGCCAGAACGCUUUACUUUUCGCAUACGGUGCUACAAACUCCGGCAAAACGUACACCAUCCAGGGUGGAAGCCAGGACGGUAGCGCUGGCAUACUGCCGAGAAGUUUGGACGUCUUGUUUAACAGUACAGAGGGUCUUCGGGGGCAGACGAAGUAUCGGCCUGUACGCCUCCAGGGCGUUGAAUUGUCUGACGCUCAAGACACAGCUGCUCUCACCCUACAUCCAGAGCCAUCUGUAGCUGAAGUUCUUGGACAUCCUGUCGAUACCUCAUUCGACACUGACAUCGAUCCAACUGUACUCAAUCUUGACAGGAACUACGAGUACAGCAUAUGGCUCUCGUAUGCUGAAGUCUAUAACGAAAAGAUUUACGACCUUCUGGAUUCCGUUAAAGGCGAAUCGGCUACACAACCCUUGCCUCAUUCCGGAAACACUAAGGCUCUCUUGCUUACGCGCAAGGCACUCACCUUGAAAACAUCGCCACCUUCUGAUAAUGCUCAUUCAGACAUAAGAGGAAAGUACAUCUCAGGGCUCAGACAGUUUCGCGUCGAUACAGCAGCACAGGCGAAAGCCCUUGUGAAGCUCGGUCAGCUACAUCGGCGCGUUUUUGGGACCCUUGCGAACGCCGAAAGCAGUCGCAGUCACGGUGUGGUUAUGAUAAAGAUCAUGAGGGGUCAUCGAGGCGAAAAGAACGAUCCAACAAGCUUGCAGAUCUCGCGGCUGACACUCGUCGACUUGGCAGGUUCUGAGCGCAUCAAGCACACCCAUACAACAGGUGAUCGACUGAAAGAAGCAGGCAACAUCAACAAGUCCUUAAUGGUCCUCGGCCAAUGCCUUGAAGUUCUGCGGUCAAACCAAAGGAAAGUGGCCAUGAGCCUUGGCCAAGAAGGCGUCGGAACACAAGCGCGAAUGGAUACUCGUGAUGUGAAGAAAACUUUAUCGAUUGUGCCGUUCAGACACAGCAAACUCACGGAAACUUUAAUGGAUUACUUUGUGGGCGAUGGCAGAACCGUCAUGAUUGUCAAUGUCAACCCUUUCGACACAGGUUACGACGAAAAUUCUCACGUCAUGAAGUUCGCUGCUUUAGCUAGGGAGGUGUAUGUUACACCUGCACCAGCGCCCGUAAAACAAAUUCCUUCCAUGCUGAACAUUGUACCCGGAAAGAGCACAGGUAACAUCAUCAAACAACUGGGGCCUUUGACGAUGCGAAACCCCGACAUUGUACCAAAGCCUAUGCGACGAAAGGUUACGAUUUCGACCGGUGGUGCCGGGAGUGGGAAGAACAUGAAAGACGCCGUUCUUGAAGUGUUGGAAGUUGAUGAAGCUGAGCGUAGCGAUAACGGAGACGACGACGACGAAUAUCCCGCAAACCCACUCGUGGAUGCUCUGUUUGAAGAAAUCGACCACCUACGAUUACAGCUGUAUGAAGCAGAGCUUCGCUGUGCUGAUAUAGAAGCCGACACCCGGGAGGAAGUGAUGGCAGAGAUGGAAGAACGCAUGAGGAUGGUCGAGAAUACUUACGAGCGGAGACUACGGAACGAGAUUGACCAGAACAAUCUUAAAACGGAUGCAAAGAUAGACAUGCUUCAUCAAGCAGGUUUAUUUAGCCCCGUAAAGCAAGACAGGCUUCCCCCCGUUAGUCGCACUCAGCUACGCGAUAACACUGACGGUGUCGAUUUGACCUUGCCUAACGAGGAUUCCGACCUGACAAGUUUGGAUGGAGAUGAAAGCGAUCCUGACAGCUUCCGCCCAAAGUCUCCAUCGGCUAAAGGGUGGAGCAACUCAUCAACGGUAGCUGCUGAGCAGAAAACUACCAAACCAAAGAAGCGGCUUCUUGGUAAAAAUCCAGUUGUAACUGAAGAACAAAUAGAUAUGGUCACAGCAGCAACAGAAAGACGGAUUGCGAGCGGGGAAUACGGGCAACCUCAUCGGUUCGCCGGGCGGUAGAUGGCCUCAUAUCUCUCGUAUAGAUCUAAUGCUAUUUUCAAUUAUAAUGAGCGAUUGCCAGAUCAAGGGGUCUUGCUAUACAGCUUCAGAAGCUCUUCCCAUUUGAACUGCUCAGGAUUGUCA